AUGAGCUCAAAUCGUCGCACUCGUGCUAAAACUAAUGAGAAAAAUGUCGCUCAAGAAGGAGCCAGCGCCAGUGUAGCAUCAGCGGCAGCAGCAGGCGUACCCGGCAGUGCAUCCACAUCAUCAGCUACAACAUCCAGAACUUCCAGCACUAUUGCCAAUCCCGCAUCCUCCAAAAUAACAAAGAAGGUGGUCAAGAAGAAGGCACCAGCUGUCAAAGCCAUGAGUAGUAGCGCAAAACGUAUUUCCAAGGAAUUGGCCGAAAUUUCGCUUGAUCCGCCAUCUAAUUGCAGUGCUGGACCCAAAGGUGACAAUCUAUUUGAAUGGGUAUCUACAAUCGCCGGUCCUGCUGAUUCUCCCUAUGCUGGCGGUAUAUUCUUCCUAGAUGUUCAUUUUCCCCAAGAGUAUCCAUUCAAACCCCCCAAGGUCGUCUUCAGAACCCGUAUUUACCAUUGCAACAUCAAUAGUCAGGGCGCCAUCUGCCUCGACAUUCUCAAGGACAACUGGUCGCCUGCAUUGACCAUCUCCAAGGUACUAUUGUCAAUUUGCUCUUUGUUAACAGAUGCCAAUCCUCAUGAUCCUCUGGUUGGCUCCAUUGCCAUUGAGUAUCUAAACAACAGGGAAGAACACGACAGUCAGGCACGUGAAUGGACUAAAAGGUAA